CUUCGAAAUUUUCUCAACCAAAUAAACAAUUACUUUUACUGCAAAACAUGCAGUAAAAUGUCAAAACAAUAAAAAAAAUAUUGUAAAAUUUAAAAUGUAAAAUUGUCAUAAAUCUAUGUGUGAAUAAGACGCAAUAAAAGUAUAUUAGCGAAAAACUAUGUGAAUGUGUAUGGAGAUUAAAACUUGUGAGCUCAAAAGCUAUAAAAAGUGCUUAAGAGAUAUGAAAAUAAGCAGAAUCGGUGAUAGAAGGGCUUAAGACUUGUUGACAACUCUUAUACAUAUUAUAAACAAGAAAUUACCAAAAAUCGGUGUUACGGAAAUAUAUUAUUGUCCAGGGAACCCCUAUGCGGUUUCUCAAGUCAAUUGCUUGCAAAAUGUAAUUGCCACCAUACAGAAUGCACUACGAUGAGUUUAAUGUUAGUUUGUGCUGACGAAAUUAACACACAAUUCAAACAUAAAUAGGAUAUGAAAUAAUUUCAAGUCAGUGUGCCCGGGGGCAAAGGCAAAACAACUAAAUAUGAAGACGAACCAACUGGUGAUCAUACGGCAUGGUGAGAGUGAGUGGAAUAAGCUAAAUCUCUUUUGCGGCUGGCAUGAUGCCGACUUGAGCGAACAAGGUGCCAAGGAUGCAAUUAACACAUCUGCUGUAGCCCUACGUGAAAGCAACUUAAAAUUUGACAUUGCAUACUCGUCGGCGUUAAUACGCGCGCGGCAAUCUCUCAGUAUCAUUUUAAAAGAAUUGAAUCUCUGUGAUUUGGAAGUCGUUAGUGAUUGGCAUUUGAACGAGCGACACUAUGGCAAUCUGACAGGUUACAACAAACGCGAUAUGGCCGACAAAUAUGGGGAGGAACAAGUGCAAUCGUGGCGGCGUAAAUACGAUGUUCUUCCACCACCUAUCACAGCAGACAAUCCGUACUAUUAUUCCAUACGUAAUAAUCCGAGUUUCAAAGAUAUACCAGCGGCGGAAUUCCCAGACACCGAGUCAUUGAAGGUCCUAAUGCAACGCGUCAUACCGUACUUUGAGAAUGUCAUAUUUAAGCAGGUGCUAGGAGGCAGGCGAGUUCUCAUCAUAGCACAUGGCACUGUGGCACGUGCCCUGAUCAAACACAUCGAUAAAGUGUCAGAUGAGAAUAUUUCUACUGUGAAUGUACCGAAUAGCAUACCCUGCGUAUUUGAAUUUAAUAUGGAAACAGGGGAAAAAGUCGGAAAAACUACAUUCUUAGCAGAUGAAAACUUCUUGAACGAACAGAUACAAAAGACCGCUUCGAUUGGGGAGUCCAACAAAUGAAAAUGUACUUAAUUGUUCAAAGCUAAAAACUUCUUGAACUCAAAUAAAUGUGUGUAUGUAUUUUAUGGAAAAACUGCGAAAAGAGACUAUUUAAGUUAAUGUUAAAUUAUUUGUAAUAUAAUCGUAACCGUUUGUAUAUCUACCUACAACAAUACAUGCAUAAUUUGACUUUUAUUGUAUAAUUUGUAAAUUUAAGUGAUUUGUGAACGCACAAUAAAUAUUAUCUUAUCUUUUAC